AUGUUGUUAGGGGCAGAAAUCUAUAGUCAGAUUUUGCAGAACGGGUUCAAAAAGGCUCCUGAUGGCAGCACAGUAGCUCAGGCUACCUCAUUGGGAUGGAUUUUAUCGGGUACAGUUACUUCUGCUUCUCAGAAUACAUCCAAUAUUACCGUGAUGCAUACCCAACUCGGUGAUGAUGAAAUCCUGAAAAAAUUCUGGGAAUUAGAAAGAGAACCAAAUCACAUCAAGAAACAUUUACUCACCGAAGAGGAAUCCAGGUGUGAGGAAAUAUUUAAGGCUACAACUACUAGAGAAAAGGACGGUCGCUACGUUGUUAACUUACCAUUUAAAAGUGAAGAUCCAAGCUGUCAAUAUGGUGAUACAAAAAAGGCUGCAAUUAAGAGGUUUUAUACAUUAGAAACUAAAUUCGCCAAAGAUACACAGUUAAAGGAAAAAUACGCAGAUGUUACACUAAAACAUUACAAAUUACUUACUGUUACCUUUGGUACCUCUUCAGCACCUUUUUUGGCAGUGCGAUCGAUGCAGCAAGUGGCGUACGAUGAGGGAAUUAAAUAUCCAUUCGCAGCUGAAAGGGUACUUAAAGAUUAUUAUAUGGAUGAUUUGAUGACUGGUUGUGACACGAUAGAAGAAGGCAUGCAAAUCUAUAAUCAAAUGAAUGAGUUACUUGCAAAGGCGGGAUUCACUUUACAAAAGUGGUCGAGCAACAGCAGUGAAUUACUGGAAAAAAUGAUCGGGAAAAGAUACUCGUUCAAGGGUCAGCAAAAUGUAGAAAAAGAGAUAAGUAUAAAACAAGAUGAAGUAUUUAAAACGUUGGGACUUACCUGGAACCGAACCUGUGACACUUUCCAAUAUUCCGUUCAGCUACCUGCGCUGCAAGAACCUGUAACAAAAAGGAAAAUAUUAUCAGAUAUAGCAAGACUAUUUGACCCUUUAGGAUGGGUCGCCCCAGUAAUUAUUGUAGCAAAAAUGCUUAUUCAAAAAUUGUGGAUUUCUGGGAUAGCAUGGGAUGAGGAAGUUCCAUGUGAAAUAAAAAAGGAAUGGCUUACUUACCGACAGGAGUUACACUUUUUAACGAAGUUUUCAGUACCUCGAUGGUUACACAUGAAGCACGGUGACAAGCAGAUUGACUUACACGGUUUUUGCGAUGCGUCAAAAUCAGCAUAUGCUGCGGUAGUAUAUGCACGGGUUGUCGAUGCUGAUGGUGGAAUACAUGUCAACUUGCUGACCGCAAAAACUAAGGUGGCUCCUAUAAAGACUGUAUCAGUCCCUCGAUUAGAGCUGUGUGGGGCUGUUCUCUUGGCCAAACUGCUAUCCGAAGUUUCUGAGGUUAUGGGGAUAAGUAAAUCAAAUUUGUACUACUGGACUGAUUCAGAGAUUGUAUUAGCGUGGUUAAAUUGCCAUCCGAACAAAUGGAAAACAUUCGUAGCAAAUCGAGUUUCUGAAAUCUUAUGUAUCAGUGAACCACAGCAAUGGAAUCAUGUUCAGUCAAAAAGCAAUCCGGCUGAUUGCGCAUCGCGUGGUCUGUAUGCGUCAGAUUUUUUGAACUUUAAACUUUGGUUAGAGGGUCCAAGAUUCCUGAAGGAUACAAAUAUUAUAUAUAGUAAACACAAGGCAGCAUCAACAGACGUAGAAGCAAUAAAAGUACACGUAGUAUCAGAAGACAACUUUAUUUGGGAUAAAUACUCAUCACUUACAAGACUUGUUAGAAUAGUAGCAUAUUUAAGACGUCCUUUAGAAUUAAGAAAACCAAAACCUGAAAGAAAUAAUCAUACAUUUAUAACUGCCGAAGAGUUGAAAUUAGCUUUGGAGACAUGUAUAAAGAUAUGUCAGGAUCGAAAUUUCGAAGAAGUAAUUCUGGAUCUGAAAAAAGAGAAGCCUAAAAGAAAGGAGUUUAAAUCAUUAAAUCUUUACCUUGAUUCCGUUAAUAUCUUGAGGGUGGGCGGUAGACUGGAGCGUUCUGGUCUUGCCAGAGAUUGUAAAAACCCAAUUUUAAUUCCUAGCAAUUCUCAUUUUACUAAUCUUCUAAUUGCUGAUGCACAUGAUAGGAAUCUACAUGGCGGACCUCAAGUUAUGCUUAACUAUUUAAGCACAAAAUAUUAUAUUCAGGGAGCCAAACGGUUGGUUACUGCGUGCGUACGAAAAUGUGUAACUUGCUUGCGUUAUACAGCUUCUACGAAACCUCAGUUAAUGGGUCAAUUACCACCUGCACGGGUUACACCAAAUAGACCAUUCAAGAGUAGCGGGGUAGAUUUUGCUGGACCUAUCAAUUUGAGAACAUCCAAGGGUAGAGGUCAUCACGCAUACAAGGGGUAUAUUUGUUUAUUCGUCUGUAUGGCAACUAAGGCGGUCCAUAUCGAAGCAGUUAGUGACCUAACAACAAAUGGGUUUCUUGCCGCGUUUAGGAGGUUUGUAGCAAGACGUGGUCACUGCACAGAUAUGUGGAGUGAUAACGGUACAAAUUUUCAGGGUGCUUGUAGGGAGUUGGAUACACUUCUUCGCUCUGAGAAUUCAAAAUUGGCUAAGGAUAUUGCUGCAUCAUUGGCUGGUGAGGGUACUACAUGGCACUUUAUCCCACCUCAUGCACCGAAUUUUGGCGGAUUAUGGGAGAGUGGAAUAAAGUCGUGUAAAAGGCAUUUAAAUAGGGUAAUAGGAAGCUCUACUUUAACUUUUGAAGAGAUGGCUACAUUAUUAAGUCAAGUAGAAGCAUGCUUAAACUCGCGUCCGUUGUAUCGGUUAACAGAUUCGAACAAGUUUGAUGCCUUAACACCUGGGCAUUUUCUUGUGGGGGAACCAAUCACAAGCGCACCAGAUCGUAACUAUGAAGAUGCAAAUAUUUCUAGCUUAAAGAGGUGGCAUUUAGUACAACAGAUGACGCAACAUUUUUGGCGUCGCUGGUCCAGCGAAUAUCUGACUACACUUUUCCAUCGUUAUAAAUGGUCAACUCAAAAUCCAGAACCCAACAUAGGAGAUGUUGUAUUAAUUAAAGAGGAUAAUUUACCUCCCUGUCGGUGGCUGCUUGGCAGAGUGGUAGAAAAGCAUCCGGGGUUGGACAAUCUUACACGAGUAGUUACAAUUCGCAGUAAUGGUUCUAUGCUCAAAAGGCCCACAUCUAAACUGUGUGUCUUGCCUGUUGCCUAA